UUCAGCACCAUCAGACCAACGGAGUGACGGCGCACUCCAUCCUCCUGUUUAUGCAUUUGGAUCCGCUUUUUCCUCCUCCUCCCCAUCCUUGUCUCCCACUCCUGUCUCUCUGUCUGACGCACCGCUGUGUUCAGCCUACCCGGCACCGCUACUGCUGCUGAGGCUGAGGCAGACUCCCCUCUCCCCGUUUCCCCGGCGGAUUCUCCAUGUAUGGAUGCGCUGAGGGAAGUGAUGCUGUAGGUUACCGAAGACUGAGAGAAAACACAGACCACAGACGAAAUUCAAGAAAGAGCCACCGGAGGAUCCCGACGCCUUUUUGAAUGGAUUCAUCCUGUGUGCUUUUGUCGAGUCGGAGUUGCUGAGGUGGCUGGUGUGUGUUUAUAGCCAAACAGAUCUCCAGCUCUUCCAUUGACACACACACACCCACGCACACACGCAAGCCCACCUGAGAGAUGGCGGGGGCUUCAGUGAAGGUGGCGGUGAGGGUCCGACCCUUUAACUCCAGGGAGAUUGGAAAGGAGAGCAAAUGCAUCAUUCAGAUGUCAGGCAACACCACGACUAUCCUGAACCCAAAACAGCCAAAAGAAAACAAGAGCUUCAACUUUGACUUCUCAUACUGGUCACACACUACGCCUGAGGACAUCAACUAUGCGUCUCAGAUGCAGGUGUACAAGGACAUCGGAGAGGAGAUGCUGCUCCACGCCUUUGAAGGCUACAAUGUGUGCAUAUUUGCAUAUGGACAGACAGGAGCUGGCAAAAGCUACACCAUGAUGGGACGACAGGAAAAAGACCAGCAGGGGAUUAUACCUCUGCUUUGUGAGGACCUUUUCACUAAGAUCAAUGACAGCAAUAAUGACAACAGCAUGUCUUACUCUGUGGAGGUAAGCUACAUGGAGAUUUACUGUGAGCGUGUGCGCGACCUGCUGAACCCCAAGAACAAAGGAAAUCUGCGUGUGCGAGAGCACCCCCUGUUAGGACCGUACGUUGAGGAUCUGUCUAAGUUAGCAGUGACUUCGUACAAUGACAUUCAGGACCUGAUGGAUUCUGGAAACAAGGCCAGGACUGUGGCUGCCACCAACAUGAAUGAGACCAGCAGUCGCUCUCAUGCUGUCUUUAACAUCAUCUUCACACAGAAGAAACAUGACAUGGAGACAGACAACACUUUAGAAAAGGUCAGCAAGAUAAGUCUGGUAGACUUGGCCGGCAGUGAGAGAGCUGAUUCCACUGGAGCUAAAGGGACGCGACUGAAGGAAGGUGCAAACAUAAAUAAAUCUCUUACCACACUUGGAAAAGUCAUUUCUGCUUUAGCUGAACUGGACUCGGCUCCAAAUAAGAACAAGAAAAAGAAGAAAGUGGAGAGUUUUAUUCCUUACAGAGAUUCAGUUCUGACUUGGCUCCUGAGGGAGAAUUUAGGAGGAAACUCUCGCACAGCCAUGGUGGCAGCUCUCAGUCCUGCUGAUAUUAAUUAUGAUGAAACUCUAAGUACUCUUCGGUAUGCUGAUCGUGCCAAACAGAUCCGCUGCAACGCCGUGAUCAACGAGGAUCCCAACAACCGCCUGGUCCGUGAGCUGAAAGAGGAAGUUGCUCGCCUCAAAGACCUGCUGUAUGCACAGGGCCUGGGAGACAUCAUUGAGACGUAUCGAGGCACCCUUCCUGCCAUCACUGGUUUGAAAUAUCUGUGCGAUUACAAGAACUUUGUGAACAAUCACCAGGCUGUCAAUCAAAGGGGUGAUCUCUCCACAGUGACCAACGUCAUGACAGGAAUGAGUCCCUCCCCCUCGCUCUCUGUCCUGUCCAGCCGGGCCGGUUCCAUCAGUAACCUUCACGACCGCAUCUUCAGCCCGGCCAGUGAGGAGGCGAUCGAAAGGCUCAAGGAAACAGAGAAAAUCAUUGCAGAGCUUAACGAGACUUGGGAAGAGAAGCUGCGUCGUACUGAGGCGAUUCGCAUGGAGAGAGAGGCUCUGCUGGCUGAGAUGGGUGUUGCUAUGAGAGAAGAUGGGGGAACUGUUGGUGUCUUUUCUCCCAAGAAGACCCCUCAUCUGGUGAACCUCAACGAGGAUCCGCUAAUGUCUGAGUGUCUGCUCUACUACAUCAAAGAUGGCAUCACCAAGGUUGGUCGCGAAAACGCCAAAACUCGACAAGACAUCGUUCUUAGCGGCCACUUCAUUAAAGAUGAACACUGUACCUUCAGCAGCACAACAGGCCCGCAGGGAGAAGGAUGUGUCAUCCUUGAGCCAUGUGAGGGGUCAGAGACAUAUGUCAAUGGGAAGAGAGUGACCUCGCCCACUGUUUUGCGAUCUGGGAACCGCAUCAUCAUGGGUAAAAGCCACGUGUUUCGCUUCAACGACCCGGAGCAGGCCCGCCUGGAGCGGGAGAGAACGCCAUGUGCGGAGACACCGGUGGAGCCCGUGGACUGGGCCUUCGCUCAGAGGGAGCUGCUGGAGAAGCAAGGCAUAGACAUGAAGCAAGAGAUGGAGCAGAGGCUUCAGGAGCUUGAAGACCAAUACCGCAAAGAAAGAGAAGAAGCCAGUAACCUGCUGGAGCAGCAGAGGCUGGACUACGAGAGUAAACUGGAGGCCCUUCAGAAACAAGUAAACUCUCGGUACCUGGAGUCACCUGAGGAAGAGGAGGAGCCUGAGGAGGAAGUGCCGUGGACAACGCGUGAAACUGAACUGGCACUCUGGGCUUUCAGAAAGUGGCGGUUCUACCAGUUCACUUCCCUCAGGGAUCUGCUCUGGGGAAAUGCCAUCUUCCUCAAAGAGGCAAAUGCUAUCAGUGUGGAACUAAAGAAAAAGGUGCAGUUCCAAUUCGUCCUGCUGACAGACACUCUUUACUCUCCGCUCCCACCUGACCUGCUGCCUCCCAGUGUGGCUAAGGAACGAGAGAGGCGACCUUUCCCUCGAACAAUAGUAGCCGUUGAAGUGCAGGAUCAGAAGAAUGGAGCCACGCAUUACUGGACUUUGGAAAAGCUCAGGCAGAGGCUGGACCUGAUGAGAGAGAUGUACGACCGAGCUGCAGAGCUGCCCAGCAGCACUGUGGAGGACUGCGACCACGCCUUGACCGGAGGGGACCCCUUCUACGACCGCUUCCCCUGGUUCCGUCUGGUUGGCAGGGCUUUCGUGUACCUGAGUAAUCUGCUGUAUCCAGUGCCUCUGGUGCACCGCGUGGCCAUCGUCAGUGAGAAGGGAGAGGUCAAAGGUUUCCUCAGGGUGGCUGUCCAGGCCAUAUCAGCUGAUGAGGAGGCCCCUGAUUAUGGAUCUGGAGUGAGGCAGUCAGGCACGGCCAAGAUCUCCUUUGAAGACAACCAAUUUGAGAAGUUUCAGAGUGAGUCGUGUCCUGGAGGUUUGUCACACUCCAACACCUCCCAAGAGGAGCUCAGAAUUGUGGAGGGAGAAGGACAAAACGUUGAGAUAGGAAUCUCAGCGGACGAGGUUAACAACAACACCUGUGCAGCCUCUCAGGAGCCUCCUUGCAGCCCUGUGAAGAGUUCAGGUCUGGGUCUGGACCUUCCACUGGAGCUGUCUCCAGAAAAAGCUCUGUCACACCUGAAGAUCGGCAGCACCUUCACCUUCAGAGUCACCGUCCUUCAGGCCUCCAGCAUCUCAGCAGAAUACGCCGACAUUUUCUGCCAGUUUAACUUCAUCCAUCGUCACGAUGAAGCUUUUUCCACUGAGCCACUGAAAAACACUGGCAGAGGGCCUCCACUCGGAUUCUAUCAUGUACAAAAUAUCAAGGUGGAAGUGACCAAGUCAUUCUUGGAGUACAUUAAGACUCAGCCCAUCGUCUUUGAGGUGUUUGGACACUAUCAGAAACAGCCUUUCCCUCCAUUAUGCAAAGAUUUGAUCAGUCCUCUGAGACCCCCCAGGAGGCAGUUUCCACGGGUGAUGCCAUUAUCCAAACCAGUGCCAGCCACAAAGCUCAGCACGCUGACUCGCUCCACUGCUGGACCUUGUCAUGCCAAAUAUGACCUCAUGGUCUUCUUUGAGAUCUGUGAGCUGGAGGCUAAUGGAGACUACAUCCCAGCUGUUGUUGACCACAGAGGCGGCAUGCCAUGCCAUGGCACUUUCCUUUUACAUCAGGGCAUACAGAGAAGGAUCAGAGUUACCAUUGCUCAUGAAACAGGAAAUGAUAUCGAGUGGAAGGAGGUGAAGGAGCUUGUUAUCGGUCGCAUUCGAAACACACCAGAGGCUGAUGAGACCAUCAUUGACCCCAACAUCCUUUCCCUCAACAUUCUCUCCUCUGGAUACUUCUGGCCAAAACAUGACGACAACGUUUCAUUGGGCGUUGAUCAUAGGACCUUCUAUCGAUUCGAGGCGGCAUGGGACAGCUCCAUGCACAACUCUCUGCUUCUGAACAGAGUCACUCCAUACGGAGAGAAGAUCUACAUCACUCUCUCAGCUUAUCUGGAGAUGGAGAACUGCACUCAGCCGACAGUUAUCACCAAAGAUUUCUGCGUGGUGUUUUAUUCCCGUGACACAAAGCUUCCAGCCUCCCGAUCCAUCAGGAACUUCUUCAGCACCGGCUGCCUCAGGCCGUCAGAGAGUAAUCGCGUCACCGGAGUUUAUGAGGUCACUCUCUGCCACGUUGCAGACAAUGGAAGUCCAGGAAUGCAGCGUCGUCGCAGGCGUGUUCUUGACACAUCUGUGGCAUACGUGCGAGGAGAGGAGAACCUGGCGGGUUGGAGACCCCGCAGCGACAGCCUCAUCCUUGACCACCAGUGGGAGCUGGAGAAGCUGAGCUUACUGCAAGAGGUGGAGAAAACCAGGCAUUACCUCCUGCUGAGGGAAAAGCUCGAGGCAACUCUCCAGGCAGGGCAGGACGCACUUUACAAGAGCAGCGACAUUUGUGACUUUGCAAAGAGCCCCAUCCUCAGCAGCAGUCCGAGCAGCAGCCCCGCUCCUGACAGCCCCAACCAGAGGCAGAGGGAGCUAGCUGCUAAGUGUCUGCGGCUGCUGAUGCACACAUUCAACAGAGAGUACAGCCAGGUGAGCAGCAGUGCCAGUGAAAGCAAGCUUUCAGAAAUGUCUGCGUCACUCAUGAGGGACUCAUCCUCCUCUGGCCUGAGCACACUUACUCCCUCCUCUACUUGCCCCUCAUUGGUCGACGCCCAUUUUGACAUCCGGCUCACUGAACCGAGCUCAGGAGCAUCAACACCGGACCUGGAUCCGUUCAGCCCAGUGGACAGAAAGAAAGCUCUGAGAGGAUACACCUUUGUUCCCGACAUACAAGAGAUUCGCGUCAGCCCCAUCGUGUCAAAGAAGGGCUACCUGCAUUUCUUGGAGCCCCACAGCAGUGGCUGGGUGAGGCGUUAUGUGGUCGUGCGCAGGCCCUACGUCUACCUGUACCGCAGCGAGAGGGACAAUGUGGAGAGGGCUGUCAUCAACCUGUCCUCAGCUAAAGUGGAAUACAGUGAAGAUAAACAGACGUUACUGCGGACGCCUAACACAUUUGCGGUGUGCACUGAGCAUCGUGGGAUACUGCUGCAGGCCGCCAACGAUAAAGAGAUGCAUGACUGGCUGUACGCCUUUAACCCUCUGUUAGCUGGUACCAUCAGGUCCAAGCUCUCCAGGAGAAAGUCAGUCCAGUCGCUCCCGGCUGCUCAGCGGAUCUAGCAGGUGAACCAGCCUUGAGGAACAACAGCAAAAGAACAAACAAUCUCAAAAGCUCGUGUCAGCAUCCUCCUCUAAUAAACACAAACCUUAUAGCAAAUGUUUCCAUAGAUACCAUAUGGUGACCAGCCCUGUCUCAAGAAUAACUCGAUUACUCUGUUGAGAACCCAACCUUGGUCUGUUUUUGCAGUCGCCUCCUCCAACCUUGCAUGAUUUGCUCCCUUUUGACCUUUAGAAGAGUUUACAAGGAAAACUAACAACGCAAACCUGAUUAUUAACUUUUUUCUGAUGGACGUUUGGGGCUUGUUCUGAGUAGUUUUAAUGUACUUGUAGGAAUAGGUUAUCCGUAAGACUACCCGUUUCCUGUAAAAAGAUAUGUGGCCAGUUCCUCUUUUAUCAUUACUAAAAAUAGGUCCUUGUAGUAAACCAGACAUUUACCACUUACUGCAUCAGAAAGGCAAAAGGAAAGCUUCAGCCUGAAUUAUUCUCCAUGUAGACCUGUGUACAGUGUGGGGAUGAUAGCUUCAUAUACGUGAUACAUCUACUGUAAAAUACCUCAGUUUGGAUCUGCUUGAUGCAGCAUGAAAUUCUUCACUGCAAAAUCAUCAGAUGACAAAGAGGAAAACUACUGUUCCUCAUUAUGUUAGCUCAAAAGUAGCAUGAGAAGGUAUCUGAAAGGACGAGGGGAUGUUCUUCCUGUGUGGUCUCAUUAAAUAAUUUUGUGAAAACUGGAUUCAUUGGCUCAACUAAGGCAAAUAUAAUUCACUAUAAGGAGAGAUAACUUUUGUCCUUGCCUGGCAUUUUGGUAUGUCUUUGUUUAUUUCAAGCUAUUGUAUAUUUUCUGCACUGUUAUUUAUUUGUGACAAGACCACUGUUUUGUAGCAUGGCACUUUAUAGUCUUUAUUGAACUAAUGCAUUUUUUGCUGUUUCAUUUUAACCAAAGCACCGUUCUGUGUCAUAUUCUAUUGCUCGUAUGCGUCUGCCGGUAUAUUACUUCACAAUGCACUUUCUUCGUUGAAAAUUUCACUUUUAUUUACUAAUGCAAAGAAAAUUGAUCAAAAGAUAAAUAUCACCCUGAGGCUUACAAAGAAAAUAAUAAACCAAAUCAGGAAUGUCAUUUCCUUGAACAAAGAUUAUCACAGUCUAAACUUCAUAAAAUGUGGUUUUGGCACCUCUGAAGACGAGUAAGCAACAAAGAUUUUCUUAUGUUUUAAGUUUUUUAAAUUUAUUUCCAAGCUCAUUAUAUCUUUAUUAAAGCUUCAUAUUUAAUAAGAGAAAAAAAUAACUCAGUUUGCCCUUUUACUUGGAUAAGUUCACAUGCUGAUGCUCACAGAGGUUCCCUCUUUAGGGAACUCUGACCUCAUGAUUUCCAGUUUCUAUUUUACUUACAAAUAAGUAUCCAUAAAUAAAAGCAGAGUAAAGCACUUAUUUUCUCAAUUAGAGCUGCAACACAGACUAAAAUGACAUACUUUGGUGUAAAAACUUGGACCUUUGAUUGGUUUUGAGUGCGUUGCACCGUGUAGUGCCUCCUUUUCUUCACCCCAUUCUCUCUUCUUCUUCCCUCUCAACUUUAAAUAGUGAUGCUGAAGUUAAUUACAAGUGAUUAAAAAAAAUAAUCUUCCUUUUUUCAUGAUUUAUGUCAAUGUUUUUGGGGGUAAAUAUUAUCAAAGAAUCCCUAAGCACUAUAAAAGUUUUGCCUUUAUAAGUAGACUUGUUAGCUUUUGAACAACAUUAUAGAUUACAUACUUUUAAUCUAUUGUAGAUGGAGACUUGUGGCAGAAUGUGGGGCAGUAUGAUCAGCUGUCUGUAGCUAUAAACUUCAGGUCCAGUGAUUCUUUACUGCUGAUGAUACCUUCCUGUAUUUUACCAAGAUGGCCCAAAAUAUUACUUUGAAUGUGUCAGUGAAGGACAGAUUUAUAUGUAAGAGAAAGCAUAAUAAAGCAUCUUUCUGAAUAAAGCUCUGGUCAGCCAGCCAGUCAUCCAUUUCAUUGUAGUUCUUGCUUUCCUUUUGUCCUGCCAGGACCAGAUUGUGUGUAAACUUGACUUAUAGUCAGCAAACAAGUGAGUCUGUGUGCCACAGGUCAACCAACCUGUUGAGCAAUGCAGCCUAACACUGUGAAUGCUGUCUGCCUGUUUUAUAAUAUCACAUGGUUGCACUGGACAAACAUGCUGUGUGGCAUUUAAUAUUUGGGACAUCUUGGUAUAAUCAUUCUGUAUGUUUUUCUACAUGUUAUCUGGUGAUAGAUGGAACUGAUGCGAAGUUUUAUUUAAUAAAAUUGUAUGAACAGAAUGUUUGUUAGACCUGUUUUGCACUUGUGCACAAUGCAUCUUUAUUAAUUUUAUUGUUAUUAAUCUAUUAUUUAAUUGAAAACCAUGAUUUGUUUUCAAUUCUGUUGUGGUCAUAAUAUAAAAAAAAAAUGAUUAAAACUCUUUUUGCUUCCACAGACAAAGCACCGCCACAGUUCAAACAACCAUUUAUUUUUCAACCAGGCAGUUUGCAUUGCUUCAAGUUCAAAAAGUGCAAGACUUUCAUGUAAAAAGUUCUGAGAUUGAAGCAGUAAUUAUUUAAAUGACAUAUGAGUUGAUUGUUUAUUAUCUGGCUUGCUUUAUCUGUCAUAGUUGAGGAUCAAAGCAUGCUGGUCCGCUUUUCUUCAUUAGAUCUAGUCUUUCUCUCCUGCCUUACAGCUUGCUAAUGACAACAGCUUUCCAUUCCUGAAGUGCUGCUUGUAAAGUAUUGUCAUUCAUGAUCCCUGCAACAAUUAACUGGAACCCUUCCUCUUGGCUCUGUCUUGUAUAUAAAUUGAGAUUUCCGUGUUGGGUCUUAUCACACAGAUGGUAUUAACUCCUUUUUUUCCUCUGUGUCUCAUCAAAUUGUCUCCUGCUUUGUCAAGUGUCCUGGCAGAGUGAGGAAGAGUGAUGAGGGGUUUGUUUUGUACCUGUUUGCUCAGUGCGGAUGAGGUCUUCAUGUUAAAAGUGGGGGAUGGUUCAGGAUUUUCACUCUUGCUCGGAGUCACUUGACAGAAGCAGGUCGCAGCCUAAACACAGUGCUCUCGUUUAUCUUUUGAGUGUUCUGGAGUUCUUUCUCAUGUCUGUGAACACAUAAUGGCAAUUGUCAAAGAAAUAAAAUAAGGCAAACAAAUAAAUAAAUGAGUGUUGAAACUUACGCACAA